GUUGCCAACGUAAUGUUUGCGUACUGUUUUCAACGUAGAGCUGUGCUGUGGUUGAGAGUUGUAUUUAAUGCUAAGCUAUCAUUGCAGUCUCAUGCAGUAAUAGUAACCACUGUCGCUGUGUGGACGUUAGAACGUGGUGCCAAAGGAUACUGUCUUCCCUUAACGCUAAAUGACGACUACAAGUCUGUCCUCUUUCAACCCGGAAGAACAGUUUAGUGGGAACCAUGGAGUUUCUCCCAGUACUUGACCCUCUAGAUAAACCCAAAGAAGGAAUAUGGUAUUCUUUGAUACCCAGGGGGGCUUCUCCAGGUGUUAGUGUGGGUCACACCUGUACGUUUAUUCCAUCGAGAGAUGAAGGAAAAGGAAGAAUCUUUAUUGUUGGGGGAGCCAACCCCAGUGGCAGUUUCUCACUUUCGCACAUCAUAAAUCUAGAUAAUCAUGAAUGGGACAUCCCAGAGUGGGAGGGUUUGGAGUCACGGUAUGAACACUGCAGCUUUGUGCCAGACAGCUGCCUUCAGAGCCUAUGGGUGUUUGGAGGGGCACAGCAGAGUGGCAAUCGCAAUUGUAUCCAGAAUAUACAGCUAAUGGACAGUGGGUCUCACUGGAAGAAUGUAGUGGUCAAUGGCAAACCCCCCAGUCCCAGGACAUACCACACCAGCUCAGCGUGCCAAGGGGACCGACUGUAUGUCUAUUCUGGUGGGGAAGCAGGAGCUUCACCAGUCUCAGACCCCAAACUUCAUGUAUUUGAUACAGUGUCUUCAACUUGGUCCCAGCCAGGAACACAAGGCAGAAACCUGCAAGCCAGACAUGGCCACAUUAUCGCUGCAGUUGGUUCAAAGAUCUACAUUCAUGGAGGCAUGGCUGGAGACAAAUUCCACAACGAUUUGUAUUCUCUUGAUACAAGGAGCAUGAAGUGGGAGAAAGUGCAGGCCAAAGGAGACAUCCCACCAGGAGUAGCAGCCCACUCAGCGUUGGUACUGGGCGAGAACAUCUACAUAUUUGGGGGGAUGACUGCUGAUGGAGCCGGCAACGCCAUGUACAGAUUCAACACGGACAAAAGUAGUUGGGUCCUCAUGAAGUUUGAAGGCGAUAUGCCCCCCAACCGCCUAGACCACUCCAUGUGUGUAUUGCCCUGGAUGGUGUGUGGUGAGAGGAAUGAAGACGAGGAGCAAGCCAGUAGCCCAGCAGCCUCAAAAACUAUAAAUCUGGCUUUUGUAUUUGGAGGAAUGGACACCGAGGGUGUCAUUCAUAAUGACUGCAUUGUGACUGUUAUAACAUGAUGUACAUUUACUUAAGUUGUAAUAAAAUGUUUGUCAAGGACUA